GGAGGGGCCGGAAGUAUUCACUGCGCAUGCGCUCCACGUCUGUUUAUCGCCAACUGCGGGGCCUUCGCCGGCGCUACCCGCGGUAACGAGGCCCUGAAAUAUAAAAAAAAAAACGAAUCGAGACGCGCGCGUUGAACCGUCGCGCCGCGCUCGCCGUUCGUCGCUUUGACAUUCACCGCAGGGAAACAUUGCAACAGCAACAACAAAAAAUACAAGCAAAACACUGGAGCCGACUCCGGGCCUCGUCAUUGCCCGCUCCGCGUUGCCUGGGGAUUCGCGGGGGAAGCCUGCGCUAGGCCUCCACCGGGAGCCGUUGAGGUGGAUGGACAUAAUUGUCGGUGAAGGAUCAGUGUGAAGAGGCUACACGGGAGUAAAGGGGCCCUGGCCAUGGUUGAUAAGAGCAUCUACAUUGUUCAAGGGGAGAUUACGACUGUCGUGAAUGCCAUAAAGAGAAGUUCACGAUGGAACACACACAACCCCUUGGAUGAUGAGCAGGACCCACUGCUUGGGAGCUUCUGCCAGCUCAAGGAAGUUCUCAACUCCAUCACAAAGCUCUCGGAGGUUGAAGCCAAUGUAUUCCUGGGACCGUUUCUGGAGGUGAUUCGCUCAGAGGAUACAACGGGCCCCAUCACCGGCCUUUCCCUCUCCUCCGUCAACAAGUUUCUGUCGUAUGGACUCAUAGACCCAGCGCACGAUGGCGCGGCGGCGGCGGCAGAGAACAUGGCAGAUGCCAUCACGCACGCGCGCUUCGUCGGUACCGACCCAGCCAGCGAUGAAGUGGUGCUCAUGAAGAUUCUGCAGGUGCUGCGCAUGCUGCUGCUCACGCCAGUGGGGUCGCACCUGACCAACGAGUCGGUGUGUGAGAUCAUGCAGUCCUGCUUCCGCAUCUGCUUCGAGUCGCGCCUCAGCGAGCUGCUGAGGAAAUCCGCUGAACACACGCUGGUGGAUAUGGUGCAGCUCCUCUUCGCAAGGUUACCAGAGUUUAAGGAGGAAAGCAAGAGCUUCAUUGUCACGAACAUGAAAAAGGCUUACACUGUGUUGUGGAAAAAUAAACGUGUUCAGCUCAAGAUGCGAGCGGGAGGCAUGGUCGACCAGAAGUGGAAGAAGCAGAAACGGUCUCCUCGCGCGUCGCGCCAUGCAGCCACGGCCGGCUCCACGGGGAAGGGGAGCGGAGGGGGAGGAGGCGCCGGUGGCAGCGCCAGCAGCAACAGCAGCACCGGCAGUGGCAGCAGUCGGCUGCCAUCCGGGCAACCCUGCGUUGAUUCCAGGGCUCGGGAGCAAGCGCAGGGCUCGCUAAGCGAUGCUGGAAUGCCGUCUCCGAGCGAACAGCCGGCCUGUGACUCGGCGAGCGAGCUCACCGCAGACCACACGUCGUCUCAAGAGUCCGUGGGGGCCGGGUUACCCCGCUGCCCGUCUGACCCGUCGCUGGCGUACAGCGAGCAGGCGUCCUCGCCGGACACCCCGCUGUCCGGCGAGGACCCCGCGAGCUUGGCGAUGGACAGCGGGAGGGGCGGCAGCGAGGAGGCGUCGCGAGAUGACCCGCCGCCGUCGCCGCGCCGCGGCCUCGGUGACGUGCUGGUCAGCGACAGGUGCCUGCUCAACUCCGCCGCCGCGGCCGAUGACCGCCGCCUUGGGAACCACGCGGGGGCACGUGAGAUCGGCGAGGAGGAGGGACGGGGGCAGCAGCACGAGCAGCAGCAAGAGGCCGACAUGCUCGAGCAAGACAGAACCUCGGCAGACGUGGUGUCCGAGCAAUGCCCCGACGACGCAGCCGACACCUCGGGAGGGGGGAAGGGUCACUUCUUGUCUCGGGAGACGAUUCCCGAGGACUCGGAGGGCCAGGAGUCACCGUGCGAGCCGCCCCUGCACGAGGGUCGCGACCUCGACUACGUGAACCCACGCGGGGUUCGCUUCACCAACUUCUCACAGAGCGCCCCCAGCAAGGAGAACCACACCGGCGGCACGACGGUGCUGCUGCCCUACGGCCUGCCCUGCGUCCGCGAGCUCUUCCGCUUCCUGGUGUCGCUCACCAACCUCUACGACCGCCACAACUCGGACGUCAUGGUGCACAUGGGGCUGCAGCUGCUCACCGUGGCCAUGGAGACGGCGCACGAGAGCGUGGCGCACUACGCCUCGCUGCUGGCGCUGGUGCAGGACGACCUGUGCCGCCACCUCAUCCAGCUUCUGGGCAUGGAGAGGCUGGGGCUGUUUGCAGCCUCCCUCCGAGUCUGCCUGCUCCUCUUUGAGAGCAUGAGAGAGCAUCUCAAGUUCCAGUUGGAGAUGUACCUGAAGAAGCUGAUGGACGUGAUCACGUCGGAGAGCCCGCGCCUGCCGUACGAGAUGAAGGAGAUGGCUCUGGAGGCUGUGGUGCAGCUCUGGCGCAUCCCGGGCCUCGUCACAGAGCUCUACAUCAACUACGACUGCGACUUUUACUGCUCCAACCUCUUUGAGGAGCUCACCAAGCUCCUGUCCAAGAAUGCGUUCCCGAUCACGGGGCAGCUGUACACGACGCACCUGCUGUCGCUGGAGGCGCUGCUGACGGUCAUAAACAGCAUCGAGGCGCACUGCCAGCCCCGUGCCACCAGCAGCAGCGCAGCCAAGGCUGGGGAACUAUCAGAGCCCAGCACCACAGACGCCGCUGGGAAGCCGUGCGGAGACUUGGAGACGUUCGUGGCGAAUGCCGAGAGAAAGGAGGUCACCGGCACGCCGCAACCUCCAACCAGCGGGCACCUCAUGGCCUCCAGGAUGAAGUCCGCCGCUCACACUCCCACGGACGCUAGCAAACCUGAAAAGAAACCUCCGAAGAAGCCAGCGAGAUUUUCUUCCUGCCUGCCCACUCCUCAGGAACUUGCUCAAAUAAAGACGAAGAAGAAGCUGCUGAUGAAAGGCACGGAGAAAUUCAACGUGAAGCCAAAGACGGGCAUCGAGUUCCUGCAGGAGAACAAGCUGCUCGCGACGCCCAUGGACUGCACGGAGGUGGCCCGCUGGCUGCGCGACAACCCGCGCCUCGACAAGAAGAUGAUCGGCGAGUUCGUCAGCGACAGGAAGCACAAGGAGCUGCUCAGCGCCUUCGUCAAGACGUUCACGUUUGAGACGCUGCGUAUUGACGAGAGUCUUCGCCUCUACCUGGAGGCGUUCCGUCUGUCCGGGGAGGCCCCCGUUAUUCACCGUCUGCUGGAGGCCUUCACUGACCAGUGGCAUGUGAUGAAUGGGAGCCCGUUCGUGAACAAUGACGCGUGUUUUGCCCUGGCCUACGCGGUUAUCAUGCUCAACACUGACCAGCACAACCACAACGUCCGCAAACAGAACGUGCCCAUGACUCUGGAGGAAUUUAAGAAGAACCUAAAAGGAGUGAAUGGGUCAAAAGACUUUGAGCAAGACAUGCUGGAAGAAAUAUACAAUGCCAUCAGGAACGACGAGAUCGUGAUGCCGGAGGAGCACACGGGCCUCGUGCGCGACAACUACAUGUGGAACCUCCUGCUGCACCGCGGCGUGUCUCAGGAGGGCCUGUUCCUGCACGUGCCCGGCGGCGCCUACCACCUGGACCUCUUCACCAUGAGCUGGGGCCCCACCAUCGCCGCCCUGUCCUUCGUGUUCGACAAAAGCACCGACGAGACCAUCAUCCAAAAGGCCAUCUCUGGUUUCAGGAAGUGUGCGAUGAUUUCUGCCUACUACGGCUUGAGUGACGUCUUUGAUAAUCUCAUCAUCUCCCUUUGCAAGUUCACCAUGCUCAGCAAUGAGUCUGUGGAUAACUUGCCGGUGAUGUUUGGAAGUAACCCGAAGGCUCAGCUGUCUGCCAAGACGGUGUUUAACCUGGCACACCGGCACGGAGACAUCCUGAGGGAGGGCUGGAAAAACAUCAUGGACUCGAUGCUGCAGAUCUUCCGAGCCAAGCUGCUGCCCAAAUCCAUGGUGGAGGUGGAGGACUUUGUGGACCCCAACGGCAGGAUCUCCAUCCUCCGCGAAGAGAGUCCAUCCCAGCGUUCUGACUCGACCAUGUUCAGCUUUGUGAACUGGCUGACGCUCAGCGGGCCCGAGCAGUCCGGCCAGAGGGGACCUUCGGCUGAGGACCAGGAGUUCAAGAAGAUCGCCAUGAAGUGCAUAGAGGAAUGUCACCCGGAGCAGCUGCUGACAGAGUCUCGGUUCCUGCGGCUGGAAUCUCUGCAGGAGUUGAUGAAGGCGCUGUCGUCCAUGUCGAUGGAGGAUGAGGGGUACGACGAGGAGGCGGCCGUCUUCUACCUGGAGAUGCUGCUGCAGAUCAUCCUGCAGAACAAGGACCGCGUGGGUUGCCUGUGGCAGACGGUGCGCGACCACCUGUACCAGCUGAUCGUGCACGCGAGCGAGCACUGUUUCCUGCUGGAGCGCGCCGUCGUGGGGCUGCUGCGCCUCGCUAUCCGCCUCCUGCGCCGCGAAGAAAACAGCACGCAGGUCCUGCACUCCCUGCGCGUGCUGCUGCUUAUGAAGCCGGCCGUGCUGGCCAAAGCGAGCCGGCAGAUCGCCUUCGGCCUGCACGAGCUGCUCAAGACCAACGCGGCCAACAUCCACUCGCAGGAGGACUGGAGCACCCUGUUCACACUGCUCGAGUGCAUCGGCGCCGGCGCCAAGCCCCCGUCCUCCCUGCAGUACAUGGCCGGCGUCGAAGUGGCCGACUCGGGCGCGCAGUCGGACAGCGAACUGCCAUCACACCAGCCCAACGGCGUCACGUCCGACCGCGGCUACACGUCUGACACGGAGGUGUACACGGAGCACAACAAGCCGGCGCGGAUGCACCGCUCCACCACGGACCUCGACAUCAGUGGCAGCGGCUGGCUGCUGGUCGGUAAGGAUGACGUAGAGGGCGGUGGCGGCGGGGCCGGCGGUGGUGGCGGUGGCGGCAGGCCCUCGCCCCUGGUGAAUCAGUACAGCCUGAGCCUAGGCCAGGAGCUGGGCGCGCACGACACCAAGUCGCUCACCAAGUGCGUCGAGUCGCUGUCGUUCAUUGUGCGCGACGCCGCACACGUGACGCCGGACAACUUCCCGCUGUGCGUGAGGGCCAUCCGCAUCUUCGUGGAGGCCAGCCUCAACGGAGGAAUCAAGGGCAGCGACAAGAAAACCAAGACGCACAAGUACGAAAAGCCGUCGCGGCUCAAGAAGAAGGGCAAGGACAGAGACGGCGGAGGAGGCAGGAGAGGGAACGGGGGCGGCGGGCGGUCGGUACACAAGGGGGCGGCACACAGCGAUGACGACGACGACGAGGACGAGAGCGUGCCGGCCAGCUACCACACCGUGUCUUUACAGGUCAGUCACCAUCUGCUGGACCUGAUGCACACGCUGCACACCCGAGCGGCCAGCAUCUACAGCUCGUGGGCCGAGGAGCAGGUCCGCCAGGAGGCAGCCACGCCGACGGCGGACGCGGCCGAAACGGCAGCGCAGAGAACGGGUGGCAGGCUUGCAAAACACGCCGUGGUGCAGGCCGACGCCAGUACCCUGUGGGCCAGCUGCUGGUGCCCCUUACUGCAGGGCACGGCGCGCCUGUGCUGCGACGCACGGCGCCAGGUGCGCACUCAGGCGCUCACCUACCUGCAGCGGGCGCUGCUGAUGCAUGACCUGCAGACGCUGUCCGCCCUCGAGUGGGAGGCCUGCUUCAAUAAGGUGCUGUUCCCUCUGCUGACCAAGCUGCUUGAGAACAUCAGCCCGGCUGACCAGACGGGCAUGGAGGAAACGCGCAUGAGGACCUCAACACUGCUGAGCAAGGUGUUCUUGCAGCACCUGUCUCCACUGCUGUCACUGCCAACCUUUGCCGCACUGUGGCUCACCAUCCUUGACUUCAUGGACAAGUACAUGCACGCCGACAACAGCGACCUGUUGAUGGAGGCGAUCCCGGAGUCGCUGAAGAACAUGCUGCUUGUAAUGGACACAGCAGGCAUCUUUCAGAACGCGGAGGCACGCACUGGCUUCUCCCAGCUCUGGGAGAUUACGUGGGAGCGGAUCGACUGCUUCUUGCCUCAGCUGCGGGAUGAGCUCUUCCGGCAGCCGGUCAUCCCCGAGUCCGCGGCACGAGCCCCGUCCCCGCCCGUCGUGCUGGAGGUGGUGAGCAGUCAGCCCGUCACCUCCACCGGCGGCCACUCCACUCCAGAGCCGAGCAACACCGUGGCUGCUGCUGCUGCUGCUGCCUCUGCUACGGCACCCGUGGCUCCUGCGACGGAGCCAGAGAGGCCCUCGGCAGCCACCGGCAGCACAACGGCGACGCCCGUGCCGUCGCCGGCUUCCAGCCCUGCACGGGUGGGUGGCAGCGGUGGCAGAGCCGGGGGAAGCCCCGCGGGCGAGGUGUCGCACGCGCUGUCGCAGUCGCCCUUCAUCCUGCAGCCACCGCUACCGGCGCUCGGCCCUACUCUCCAGGAGGCGUUGCCGCCCAUGGCGCUGCCGAUUAUCCUCAACCCCGCGCUCAUCGAGGCCACGUCGCCCGUGCCGCUCCUCGCGGCACCGCGCGGCGUGUCCGUGGCUGAGACCGCUGCCAUGCCCAAAGCCCUGACCGGGGAGGCCGAGUGAACCCGACGCCGCCACUCGGCGUCCAUCGGCCCGUCCCCCCCCGGGGUAGCCACGUUGAAGCCGUCAUCUGAGCCCUCCGGUCGCUACGUGUAAAAGUUACUUGUAAUUAACGAGCAACGUUGUCUCUUAUAACAUAUUUUAAAAUGGUCUGUGAUUCUGGCUGGCUUUUUUUUUUGUGUAAACUCUAGAGGGUUUGACUGGUCAACGUGUUUACAGUAAUUUAAGUUUAGGCCAUGAAUUCUGGGCGCAGAUAGCUAACUCACAGAAGCCAGUGUCAACCCUAAACAACCCUGGAGAAUGUGUCACACGUGCUAAACCACAAAGUUGUUUCGUUUGACAUUUUUUCGCUCAGUUCCAAGCUGCGAGUAGUCGCAAACUGUAGUUGUUUAAAGAACUGAAUUAUCAUUGGCUACACUGAGUCUGCAUGCGCAUUUUACACAUUGCAGUGAAUGCUAACCAAAGGCUGUCCUGAGUUAAACUAUUUAAACCUGAUGGCAUACCUAACUAUAACAAGUUAUAACCAGGGUAGCAUGGGAAGUUAAUGUAUUACUUUAUAAAUUAAAAAUACAGCUCUGCUUGCCAUUUGCAGCUGCAUUGUAUGAUGCUGUUAUUUGCAUUUCAUCCAGAAUAGCUUACUGUCACAAAAAAGGACAAAUUACUCAUUUGCAAAGUGGCAUACUGCUUAAAUUGUAUAUAAAGCAUUCAGCUCAUGAAGAAAAUGUACUUUUCACUUUGUAAGAAAUAAAUCUAUAAGUGUAAUUACGAUUAAGAGUUAUUCAAUAAAGAAAAGUAAUAUUAUUCAAAGAUUAA